GCCACCUUCCGCACGGCGGCGGGAGCGGCAGCAGGAGCAGCGCGGGGCUCUGCGGAGCCGCGGCAGCGCCAAUGCCCGGACCGACCCAGGCCCUCUCCCCAAAUGGCGAGAACAACAACGACAUCAUCCAGGACAACGGGACCACCAUCAUCCCCUUCCGGAAGCACACGGUGCGGGGGGAGCGCUCCUACAGUUGGGGAAUGGCGGUCAACGUGUACUCUACCUCUAUAACCCAAGAGACUAUGAGCAGACAUGACAUCAUUGCAUGGGUUAAUGAUAUAUUAGCUUUAAACUACACAAAAGUCGAACAACUCUGUUCAGGAGCAGCUUACUGCCAGUUCAUGGACAUGUUGUUCCCAGGGUGCAUUAGUUUGAAGAAAGUAAAGUUUCAAGCAAAGCUGGAGCAUGAGUACAUUCACAACUUCAAGCUUCUGCAGGCAUCGUUUAAAAGAAUGAAUGUGGAUAAGGUAAUUCCUGUGGAAAAACUGGUCAAAGGGCGCUUCCAAGACAACUUGGAUUUCAUUCAGUGGUUUAAGAAGUUCUUUGAUGCUAACUAUGAUGGGAAGGAGUAUGAUCCUGUGGAAGCUCGACAAGGUCAAGAUGCUCUUCCCCCACCAGAUCCUGGCGAACAGAUCUUCAACCUGCCCAAAAAGUCUCACCAUGCAAACUCUCCAACUGCAGGUGCUGCUAAAUCCAGUCCAGCUUCUAAACCAGGAUCAACGCCUUCUCGCCCAUCUUCAGCAAAAAAAGCUGCACCAAGUAGCUCAGCAUCCAAAUCAGAUAAAGAUUUGGAAACUCAAGUCAUACAGCUCAGCGAACAGGUACAUUCAUUAAAACUUGCACUUGAAGGUGUGGAGAAGGAAAGGGAUUUCUACUUUGGCAAAUUAAGGGAGAUUGAACUUCUCUGCCAAGAACAUGGGGGAGAGAAUAAUGGCCUUGUCAAUCGGCUAAUGGAUGUCCUUUAUGCUUCAGAAGAACACGAGAGCCACACAGAAGAGCAUGAAGGUGAAGAGCAAGUCCAUGAACAGCCCCAGCAGCAGGAGGAGUACUGACUCACCCAGCAUCUCUUGACAAUUUUCGUUUUGUGUGAGAACUUUCUUCUGGAGAAUGGAACGUGUGUGGCCUCAAACUUGAAAUCAGUUCACUCCCAGUCUGCCAUUAACAUCAUGUACCAUAGUGAGUGCCAGCCAACCACUGCAUUCUGUACCCAUACUUUGCCAAGAUGCAUUUGCAGACAUCUUCUUUCAGUGUAUCUUCCCAAGAGGUUGUAGGGCUACAUCACCUACUGUACAUCACUGCAACUUCACCACUUGGCUGCUUGAGAUUUGUUCUGCUCUUUAAAAAAAAAAAAAAAAAAAAAAAAGAUAUUUAUUUUUUUUUCUUUUUUGUCUUAAGUAUGAUACACUUGUAACUUGUUCUGACAUAUUUAUAUUGGCAUUUUGUGUGGCAAGAAGUACCGUACCACUAGCUGUCUCUCUCACUUUGUGGUGCUUUUGCGUUUUCUCAUACAUCUGCCUUGGGGUAUAAAUUUGGUCUAAAUAAUUGGAAUAAAGGGAUACAGUGGAAGUCAUACUCAAGCCAUAACGAUGAAGUGUGUUGUGAAGGAAAAUGCUUGUGUUGCUCACUUCUAUUCCUUUCCUGCCUUCACAAAAUGGAAGGCAGAGCAUCUGUUUCACUAGGAGACAUUUAAAACCCUGUGUUAGAAAGCUUGUUAGAAAGCUGCAUGGUAUGUUUUUUGGCUUGUUUCUGGAAGAACAGACAUCCAAUCACAUUUUUUGAAAACCCUCCCAGUUUCCUGACUAGUCAUACACAUUUCCCAGCUUUUCUUCCCUCUUGCGGAAUCCAGUCCCAGCCUCCAGCUUCUGCUCUGCCUUUGUAGAGCUCAGUGCUGAUGGAGGAGAGAAAUCUCCUUGACAAAUGUGGCUGCAGGACACAAUCUCUGCCAUCGUACCUGGCUUCCCACCCCUCAGAAGAGGAAAAGCAGGCCAGCCAUUUAUUUUCACUGUCCUUCUCCCUUCUGCUUCCAUAGAAUUAUUGAAGACAGAAAAUUUCCUCGCUAGUGCAAGGCAUGGGGUAAAAAGCAGCAACAGCACAAACCCUGAACUCCUCCCAAUCUCCCUUUAAGUGGGCAGCAGACACCUUGCAGUUGUUGAGGCUGCUUCCGUAGCGUGGAGAGGCAGGGAGGAGUCCUUCUGGAGACAGAGCACACACCAGAGGGGCACCAGCUGAGUGAGGGGCACGGAGCCAGUUCUGUGCUUGGCUGACCUUCCUCAUGCAAGGCUGGCACGUGCAGAGCCACGUCUGCCCCAGAGAUGUCUGCAGUGAGAGCGUUCCCUUCAUUUCCUUCCAGUGUGGUCCCAUCACCCUGUUCUGAAUGGUGGUAUUUUAUGAACAGAAGUAUCUUGAAGUGUAUAAAGCAUUCCUUAUUUUUCUCAUAAAACUGUGCAUUGUGGUCUCUCUGAUCUUUAAUAACUUGGUAUUCUUGGUCUCUCACUCCAUUUCCUUAAUUCUGGAUUGUGAUGUGGGUUUAGCAGGUACAUGGAGGUCCCAUCCCAAUCAGCAGUCACUGAGAAACUCAAAAGCCUAUUGAACAGCUAAAUCAUCUUAGACCUUCGUGGGCUCCUAAAGUGUAAGUGCUCAGCUUGUGCUUCCAUAGAAAGAUUUUCAACCAAUUAGCCCCCAGCACACACACACAUGCAGUUUUCUGUUCCUAAUGAGUCUUUUGCAGCUAAGUGGCUCUUAGUUAAAUGUGAGAUCCCUGCUGUUGUGUUGCGCCACAGACAAUAUAGAAAAUACUGUUAAGCAUUAGAACAGAUAUCUCCCAUUCCUUGAUCACUCUCCCUGCUCAACAGAAGAGUUUCUGGACCUGUGGGCUGAAGGUUUUCCAUCCCUGCCUCCAGCAUGGACCUCACUUCUUACCUGAUGAUGAAGUGCUGCGACCUGCAGGCCACUGCUUUCCUUUCCCAUUUCAAUUGGUUACAGAUAAGCUCUGGUUUAUAAAAAUGUGUAUAUCCCAAAAUUACUAUUUCUGAGAAUCGCCACAAAUGGAGGAAUUGUCAUUUUUGUUGUAUUUGUGUUUAUUAGAACAUAUGUACUUACUACAAUUGUCAUUGUAAUAAACGGUAGUUCUUCAUAA